UCAUGUAAUGUACUAUUAGUUGAAGGUGACCACUUGUACUUGUAUCACCGAAAUGUCGACAGUAUUAAAGACAUUGAUCUUUCUCUCAUCACUUUCUGUUGUGUUCAGUGCUGGUGCUAGCGGUCUGACAUUUGCGGAGAUUGCACAUCGUGUAGCUGCUAAUGUUGACGAGGACCAUGACGGAAACCUGACCAUUUCGGAAAUUUUUGAUUCCAUUGUCACUCGAUUCGACCACGACGGUAAUGGUUGUGCAGGAAGAGCAGAGUUCAUAAAACAAUGGAGUCAUGAUUACCAUGACAACCCGCAUAUUUCUGGCAUUCUUUUUGACCAUCUUGAUUUGGACCAGGACGGAUGUCUGACUAAGAUUGACAUAGAAUUCAAUUUUAGGGCUAUGGAUAGCCCCCAUGGUCAGUAAAGACU